AUAGAUGAUAGUUGACAUCGAUAAUUCGUAGCCUACGCUCAGAUAUAGUAAGGCAUGGACAAUUAUAUAUUUUUAUAUAUAAAAUAAUACAGUCUUCAACAUUUCAUUAUUUUUAGAUUUUAUGACACUAUAAAAUUUAUCAUUGCCAGAACUACAAUCACAAUAUAAAUUUCAAUGGCAAUAAAUGAUUUGAAGGUUAGAUUGAAAGUCAUAUAGAAAAGAGUUUUCAUAGAAUUUUGGAAUUCUCCAAGUGCUAAUAUUCUCUUAUUGGAUAUGUUGAUAUCGGCAUUGAAAAGGGUAAUAAGCUUACCUUUAUUGAAGAACAUAUCAACUACCUCUAAAAUGACUAAAGAAAUCAGUGAAGUACAAGAAAAAGCGAUGUCGGAAAACUGCUUUUUGGUUUCUAGACAAGAUAAAGUCAUAGGCACGGCAAGUAAAAGAGAUUGUCAUAAAGUACAAGCAAAUGGAAAUAUAUUACUUCAUAGAGCAUUAAGCGUUUUUCUAUUCAACAGUCACGGAGAUUUACUUUUACAAAAACGUUCUUCAGAAAAGAUUACUUAUCCUGAUCACUACACAAAUUCAUGCUGCAGUCAUCCUAUAGCUGAUAUUCCUGGAGAAGAAGUUGAAGAAAAUGCAUUAGGAGUAAAAAGGGCAGCUAUCAGGAGAUUGAACUUUGAGUUAGGAAUUCCAUUAGAUUCCAUGAAAGUGGAGGAUUUUACCUAUCUUACCAGAAUAAUAUAUAAAGAUGAAGGUAACGGCAAAUGGGGUGAACAUGAAAUAGACUACAUCUUAUUUUUAAAAGGAGAUUAUAAAUUAAAACCAAAUCCUAAUGAAAUAUCUGAAAUAAGUUAUGUACCAAGAACUGAAGUAGAUAAUUAUAUUCCUACUCUUAGUGGACCAUUAACACCUUGGUUCAAUCUUAUUCUAAAACAUCGAUUGAAAUUAUGGUGGGACAAUUUAGAUGACUUGGAAUCGUAUGUAGAACACAAGAAAAUUUUGAAAUUUGAUUCUCAUUAAAUUGUCAUUCUUUUCCAGUAGGAAUUAUAGUUUUUCCAUAUAUUUUUUUUGAAGAUGUGAGAUUCUUAUUGUAAACUUAUUAGUAAUGAAUUUUUUUUAGUAUUAAGAUUUUUCUACAAGUAUAAUAAGACACAAGUUUCCUAUUUUCUUUUCUUUGAUGGAAAAGAUUAUAGGAUAUUCCAAAAUAAGAUUUUGAAAGUUAUAUUUACUAUUUAGUUUUUUGGCGAGUUGUUAGAUUCCCUACAGUUUGAACAUUUUUACAUACUCAAAUUAUAAGUAGAUCUUGAUUCUUAUGAAGUACUUUUAAUUCAAUGUGUCGGUGACUUAUAGGUAUAUGCAGUUAUAAUUAUGAUCCACAAUAAAGAAGAUUUAUAUCAAUACUGUCUAGUCCAUUUUUUGGAAUUUGUAAAUUCUAUCAUGAAAAGUUAUCAAAUGAUUGAAUGAGGGAAUUCAUAGUAGAUAUUAAAAAUUUCUUCAAGAUAUUAUUUUUUACAGACUAGAAAGGAUAAAACAGUUCUUCUGCAUAAAGCAAGAAUUAUCUAUAUUAGUUAUAAGGACGUUUGUAUAUAGUUAUGCAAGGCCUUACCCAAGAAAAAGUUUUGAGGUGCAUGUAAGUUAAUAAAUACCCUCAAAAUAGUGAAAAUAAAUUUAAGUGUCAAAUGA